CUUUUUCUGUUGUGAAAUUUGCCGGGUAUCGUAUCAUCAGUGUAUAAAAAGAAUUGCAUGUUUCGGAAGAACUAGAUAGUGAAGAGAAAAUGGUUCUGGUGAAGACAGUUUUAACCGACAACAACUCCAUUCAUUGGCUGUUGUGGAUACCGAAAGUGGACUUGAAAUUGCCGUUUACGUUCGAUGGGCCACAGGUGGUGGCGUUUCACUUCGUCAAAAACCGACACGGGGACGAUCUGAGCAAGUGGGUAAAACUGCUCGAUGAGCUGGCACAGGAGUACGCUGGCCGCAUUUUGUUCGGCCUACGGGAUAUCUCCAACAUCGGGGAGUUCAACUCCAAUCUAGAUCCCGACUUCUUUGGUACCUACCGAAAGGGAUUGCCGCCACGGAUCUAUGGCAAGGAUUGCGAGGGCCGAGUCUACGAUAUGCACAAGCUGGUCAGCGCCAAGUAUCUGAGGGAGUUUUGCGACCAGCUGCUGGAGGAUCAGCUCUUCCGCGCCGUAGUCCUGGGCCCCACUCCCUCGCAGGACUCCAGCCCGAGGAACUACUUUGAACUGCGGGAGGAGAGCAGCAGCGAUAUGCUGGUGAUGCUCUACGACCCCGCCUGCUACUACUGGCCCAUCCAGAAGAGGAAGCUGCGCAAACUGGUCCGUCUGCUGGCCAGCGAGGAGCUGCCCAUUGUGAUCGUGGACAAGGCCAACAACUACCUGGGCGUGGGCUUCACCCGCUGGCUGCAGAUGGUCAACUGCCAUGGCUCCACCAUCUUCUCCUCGCCACGUGACAGUGGCUGGGACAUCAAGUUGUCGGUGCGACAUGAGAGCACACGUGGCUAUCUGAGAUACAUUGCCCGGAACAGGCAACCGGAACUGAUUGACUUCGAUGCCGAGGGAGAGCCCAGAGCUCCGGAGGAGUCCCUCGAGUACAUCCAGUAUUUGUUUUAGCAUUCUCAGCACUCAGUUACGGCCUUAACAGCUACUCUUUUCUAAAAGAUUUGAAGACUCCCAAAACCAGAUACAGGUUGCACUAGCAAGCCUUUUAUUAAUUAAAGAAUGGCUUUUUAGACCAUCUUAUCGGAAUAUUGAGCUGUUAAGAUACUAAUUUACCCCUUAAGUGCAUUAAAACAACUUCCAAAGUAUACUUACUAUUAAAAAUAGAACCUGUUGAUAAGGUAUAAAACUAAUGUUCCAAGACACCCGAAAUGUUCCACCAGCAGUGCCCAACUCAAGACGCACAGUUCGGUUUAAAGAUAAGAGUGUAUA